AUGGCAACGCUAUGACAACAAAAAUAUGCGAAAUGCAAGUAUAAAACAAAAUACAAUAAAUAUUCGUGAAAGGAAUGGAAACAUUUUAAACACUCUACUGCUCCCACUCGUGUUAUGCUUCUGCUUCCACUGUGAUCUAAUGUAUAAUAAAUUAAAUAGUGUGCAAAUUUACGUUAAAUAGUAACUUAAGACAAAGACGCAUUGUGUUUAUUUAAUUGGUUUGUCUCUCUCACAAUAUCCAUGUGUAUGUGUGUGUUUCGUGCUUGUAUGUAUGUUGAAUAUUUGUUGUAAACAACAAAACAUAGCGCCAGGCUAUAAUGAAAAUCUGAGGCUGCUUUUUUGUGUCGUUUGUACAAAUAGAAAGCGCUGCCGACACAGCACCAUUAACUGCGGCGACAAAUCAAAGCAGACAACGGCAACUGCGGCGUUAGCAGAGGAGGGUACGCAUCAGUCUUUGUUCAGACAGUUUAAGCAGCAGCAGCGGCAGCAGCCACCCCAAUUGUCAUUCGCAUUGAGACAGCUGUAAUAUUUGUCACACGCCCCGUUACUGGGGAAAACUCUUGGCUGCUUUGGCGCUCUUAGUACGGUUAAUUUGUGCUAACGGUAUUCUGUAAUAACAAGCGCCGCUAACAUUGCUGUUGCUGAUUGCAAAUUGCGUGCGUCGCUGUUACAGCCAACCACACUCGGGCUACCUCUCGCGUUCUCUCACACUCGCUCCCUUUCUUUUGCUCAUAUAGCCCCAUCAUACGCCACGCCGCGGCUGCCGUUGUCGUACUUUGUAAGCGACAGCGUUGCGUUUUUAGUUUCCCCAACGCUCACGCUGUUCGAUGUAUUUUUUAGUAAUUUCAAAUUGUAUUUAAAAGUUUUUCGCCUGCGCUUACGUGUCAUAUGCUUUGCCAAAAAUAGCUAAGUAAUAAAAAAAGAGAAUAAAAUAAAGGAGAGCUAGUACAAAAAUGCAGCUACUUUACUAACUCAACAAAAAAAAAAAUAAAAAGAGACUGCGUGCGCCUGCGUCAUUGUGGUUGUGUUCUGUGCUUACGUACGUGUGUGUGUGUGUGUGUGUUAGUUUUUUUUUUAUGUGCAUGAAUGUGUCGUGAAGCCGGCACAACGUCAGUGCGGUCAAACAGCUGAGACGCAGCUACGAACACACAAGCAACUGCAAUACAAUAACAAUAGCUGCAGCUAGAACAACACACUAAAGUGCGAAAAUGUAUCGAAUCGGUCCAAUUGGACGAAAAUCAAACUUCCAUUCGCGCGAAAAAUGUCUGAUUGGCCUCGUGCUGGCGACUUUGUGCUUCCUUUGCUUCGGCGGCAUUUUCCUGCUGCCAGACAACUUUGGCAGCGAGCGCGUCUUGCUCGUCUACAAACACUUCCAGAAGGCCGGUCCGGAGAUUUUCAUACCGGCCCCACCGCUGGCGGCGCAUGCGCCACGCGACGAGGAUCCCCAUUUUAUGGGCGAUCGACAAAGACUGCAGCAAAAGAUCAUCGCCGAACUGGGCGAUAUACUUGACGAACCGCAGGCGGCGGGCGAUGCGAUUGCCCAGGCGCCAGCGCCACUGCCGGCUGCCCAACAGGAGCAGCCCAUCGAACAGGAUGCGGUGCCAGAAGCGGCUGCCCAUCAUCGUGUAUCUCUGCCAGCAGCGGACGAUACAACCAGCAACAACAAUCCACUUGUGGCCGAACAACAGCUGAAGCUGCCCAUGGGCAUAGGCAAGGAUCUAACGGGAGAUCAUGAUGACGCUAGCAUUAAAGAGAAACGUCUCAAAGUUAAAGAGAUGAUGGAGCACGCCUGGCACAACUACAAAUUGUAUGCUUGGGGCAAGAACGAGCUGCGACCAUUGUCGCAGCGCCCGCACUCGGGCAGCAUAUUUGGCUCGUACGAUCUGGGCGCCACAAUUGUGGAUGGCCUGGACACGCUGUAUAUUAUGGGCCUGGAGAAGGAGUACAAGGAGGGACGCGACUGGAUUGAGCGCAGGUUCUCGCUGGAUAACAUCAGCGCCGAGCUGUCCGUCUUCGAGACGAAUAUACGCUUUGUGGGCGGCAUGCUGACGCUGUACGCCUUCACCGGGGAUCCCAUGUACAAGGAGAAGGCGCAACAUGUUGCCGACAAGUUGCUGCCGGCCUUUCAAACGCCCACGGGUAUACCGUAUGCCCUGGUCAACACCAAGACGGGCAUGGCCAAGAACUAUGGCUGGGCUUCCGGUGGCAGCUCGAUUCUCUCCGAGUUCGGCACGCUCCAUCUGGAGUUUGCCUAUCUGAGCGACAUAACGGGCAACCCCUUGUAUCGGGAGCGCGUGCAGACCAUACGCCAGGUGCUCAAGGAGAUUGAGAAGCCCAAGGGACUCUAUCCCAACUUCCUUAACCCCAAAACAGGCAAAUGGGGCCAGCAGCACAUGUCGCUGGGCGCCUUGGGUGACAGCUACUACGAGUACUUGCUAAAGGCCUGGCUCCAGUCCGGCCAGACGGACGAGGAGGCGCGCGAAAUGUACGACGACGCGAUGCUGGCGAUUAUGGACAAAAUGGUGCGCAUCAGCCCCAAUGGACUGACCUAUGUGUCCGAUCUGAAGUUCGAUCGGCUGGAGCAUAAAAUGGAUCAUCUGGCCUGCUUCUCGGGCGGCCUCUUUGCAUUGGGCGCAGCUACGCGCCAGAACCAGCACUCGGACAAAUACAUGGAGGUGGGCAAGGGCAUUACCAACACCUGCCACGAGAGCUAUAUACGUGCACCCACCCAGCUGGGACCCGAGGCGUUCCGCUUCAGCGAUGCAGCUGAGGCCCGCGCGUUGCGCUCGCAGGAGAAAUACUAUAUACUCCGGCCGGAGACAUUUGAAAGUUACUUUGUGCUCUGGCGGCUGACGCACGAUCAGAAGUAUCGCGACUGGGGCUGGCAGGCGGUGCUGGCCCUGGAGAAGCAUUGUCGUACGCCGCACGGCUACUGCGGCCUGCGCAAUGUCUACCAGCAGGAGCCGCAGAAGGACGAUGUGCAGCAGAGCUUCUUCCUAGCUGAGACGCUCAAGUAUCUGUACUUGCUGUUCUCAGACGACUCCGUGCUGCCGCUGGACGAGUGGGUCUUCAACACCGAGGCGCAUCCGCUGCCCAUUAAGGGCGCCAAUAUUUACUAUCGCAAGGCGCCGGUGGCGCUGCCCGCAUCGAACGCCUCAUAAGGCAGCUAACGCAGUCACUUGAC